UGUACACAAAGUGAUGUAACCGACAAUAUACAAUACGAUGCAUUGUGUGGUUUCGUGUCACACACUCACAAGACCACUUGUGUGACUUGACCUGUCUGGUUAGUGAGCCCAAUUCUACCUCCAUGGUGAGCCGAAGAGAUUUGCUGCUGCACAAAAGGAAGCCGAUAUUCCUUCCUUCGACGUUUCAAAUUCCAUCAUGGUAUAAUCCGCAUGGUCACGGUGUAAACUGUAGUGUAGCGAGAUUGUCUUGCCAAAAGUGCCGUCGAACAUCGAAUGGCUACAUUUCAAGCUAAAAGGCCAUAAGACGUAGAUUGGCAUGAGCGGUAACAUCGCACCAGACAUCAUGGGAGCCUCUGGAGGAAAAGACGCGCCUCUUCUAAGUUCAGCCUCCCCUUGUGAUCAUAAUUAUUCAUCUAUCGAUCACUUGAACUCAAAUGCGACCAAUGAACAGAGAGAAGAGAAUUCAAAUAGUAUUCCACCAUCGGUGAAUUUUAGAACUCCGUCAUUCUCGUAUGAAGAAUUGAGCACUGGUCUAACGUGCCCAACGUGCAAAGGAACUGGAAAAAUUCCAAGAGGCCAAGAAGAUGAUCUUGUUGCUCUUAUUCCUUACAGAGACGACCGUUUAAAACCUCGUAGAACGUGGUUGUACGUGUCGUUGUCCUUCAUCAUCUGUAUUGCCUUAGCGGGUGGCCUUAGUGCCCUUCUCAUUCCACGCUCUGUCGAUGUCGUCCAAGACAAUGUCACAACUUUAUAUGUUGAUCUGAAUGUUACAAGAAAUAGAUGUUUCAUGACAUUACAAUCUACUUAUAAUGUGACGAAUAAUAAUUUUGUUGCCGUGAGUGCAAAUGACUUCCAACUUGACGUGACAGUGAUGUUCUAUCAAAAGAUGGUUCUAAACCAGAAAUUUGUUCGGAAUCAGAAGAUAGGAAUCAGGAGCACACAGCAGGUUAUAGAAAACUUCAACAUUACGCUGAAUCGCAGUCUCUUUCCAAUUGAUUACUGUAAGCCUACACCACAGCAUGAUAACCAUAUCUUCAUGAAAUUUCAGACAACUUUCAACUUUACUCUUAUGGCACAGACGGAUCAACAAGUUGUGAUCGAGUAUUUCCGCAUCGACUGCAAUCCAGAAGAUGCCCAAGACGCAAAGAAAUUAGAUGCUUCAUACAACGACGCUCGGAUGUUAUUCACCAGCCUGGAAUGACCUUUUACAACAGGGGCUCCGGUUUCAUAGAGCUGCUUAAGCAGAAAAAGUAGCUAAGCAUAACAAAUUUAUGCUUACCAGAAUAAGGUUACCAG